GGUGGGCAGUUUCUGAAUAGCAGACAGUACUCAACACAGUCACUCACACGCACGCAUACUAAAAAACAUUCCUUUGUGAUUUUAAGUGUUGAGGAAAGCUGUUGAAGAACCACCAGAGAGGAGAAUGCCUGCCGCCGGCCUGGAGCUACUGGGGGUAACGUUGGCGGUGCUUGGAUGGGUGGUCAGCAUCGUGGCCUGUGCCCUGCCCAUGUGGAGGGUGACGGCUUUCAUCGGGGUCAACAUCGUGACAGCGCAGGUCAUAUGGGAAGGCAUCUGGAUGAGCUGUGUGGUCCAGAGCACGGGGCAGAUGCAGUGCAAGGUGUACGACUCCAUGCUGGCCCUGCCCCAGGACCUGCAGGCCGCCCGCGCUCUGGAGGUCAUCGCUAUAAUCAUGGGGAUCCUGGCCCUGCUGGUCGCCAUCGUGGGGGCCAAGUGCACCAACUGCGUGGAGGACGAGACCACCAAGGCCAAGGUGAUGAUCGCAGCAGGGGUUAGCUUCAUCGUCGCCGCAGUGAUGCAGCUCAUUCCAGUCUGCUGGUCCGCUCACACCAUCAUCAUGGAGUUCUACAACCCCCUGGUCAUCGAUGCGCAGAAGAGGGAGAUCGAAACGAUGUCUGCUGGGCUAGAGAUUGUGGGGAUCGCCCUGGGCGUGGUGGGGUGGAUCAUCGGCAUUGUGGCCUGCGCCAUGCCCAUGUGGAAGGUGACGGCUUUCAUCGGGAGCAACAUCGUGACGGCGCAGGUGAUCUGGGAGGGCCUGUGGAUGAACUGCGUGACACAGAGCACCGGGCAGAUGCAGUGCAAGGUGUACGACUCCAUGCUGGCCCUGCCCCAGGACCUGCAGGCGGCCCGCGCCCUCACAGUCAUCUCCAUCAUCGUGUCCGUGCUGGCUGUCCUGAUCUCCAUUGUGGGGGCCAAGUGCACCAACUGCAUCGAGGACGAGGCGUCGAAGGCCAAGGUGAUGAUAAUCGCCGGCAUCUUCUUCAUCGUGGCUGGAGUUAUGCAGCUGGUUCCCAUGUGCUGGACCGCCAACACCAUCAUCAGGGACUUCUACAACCCCCUGCUGACCGACGCCCAGAGGAGGGAGCUGGGCGCGUCCCUCUACAUCGGCUGGGCAUCGGCUGCCCUCCUGAUCAUUGGAGGGGCCAUGCUGUGCUGCUCCUGUCCACCCAAAGAAGAGAAGAGGUACAACCCCUCCAGGAUGGCUUACUCUGCCCCACGCUCAACAGGCGGGGCAGGCUAUGACAAGAAAGACUAUGUUUGAAUGACCCAAACUGCACUCUCCUGUCAGGAAUUUUAACCCCCCCCCCCCCCCCCCCCAAAACCCCCAACUUCCUUCGCCCUUUUAUGCGGUAGAAAGUGAACGCUAAAACGGGCACCAUGACAGACUCCGCAAUGAAGGGAUAUGUCUGCUAUUGCUUUUUGCUUGUUUGUGAUCUGUUGCAGCGCAUUUCUUUUCAAAGAGCCAUCAAGCUUGACCUGUAUCUCAUCUGCCCUCUCUGUGUCAGGUAGAAGGUAAAUGCUGGACACUGUGAGAGGACUUCCUGCUACAUUUACUUUUACUGAAAACAUGGAACUUAUGUUCAUGUUACAUUUACUUAUAUGGAAAACUGUUUAUGUGUGUGUAAAAUGAGUAAAACACUCGAACAAAUGAAAUAUGUUACUUACUUGUGGAUGUAAUAGCUAUAACUGACUGUGGAUGCUUAUCUGUAUGAUGUAUAGUGUACGUGCUACUCUGAGCAAUUAAUUUAUUUGAUUUUGUUGAUAAAAACCUAAAAAGCUACAAAGAAUUUCAAAAUGUGAAAAUCCUUGUGUCACAAAUUUUUUUUAUAUCAAAAAUGCAUUUCUAUAACAUUAUACAACAUACAAUUUCACAUUUGCAUGGAAGUACUUAUGUUCCUGUUACUGUCUGAAAUGUCGCUAACAAAAUUACGGAAGGAGCGGAUGAGAUCAGUGUGAGCAUAUCAUCUGCGAAACAGUAAUAUAUUAUGCUUUCUCCUCACAUGCCUGUCGCGGUUUUUGGCAGUAUAAACUGUAUAUAUUUGUUGUUAAAUAGGCUGUGCUGUUUUUUGUCACAUUUCUUAUUUGUUUUGUUGAGUUUUUAUUCCACAGCACGUUUUGUAGCUGUGGCCUUAAUACGGUUUUGAAAUUGUAUACAUGUUUUGUUGUCAGGUCCUAAAGGGUGAAUAUCAUAUCCUGUGAACACAGUGCAGUCUCCUGAGCUUUGAGUCUCAGAGACUAGCUGGUGUAUUUUACACAAAGAUCCCAAAGCUGUUCGGUGAACGAGCACAGCCAGGAAGCACACAGGGGGGAGAUUACUUUUCACUGCGUAUGGAAAGCAGGCUGCCGGCACACCUGUGCACAGCCAGAGUGCCACUGCUAUGAGUGUCCUCCAUUUCAAAUGGGAGAUUCUGACCCUGUUUUGCUGUUUUUAUUUUUCAAUAAAUCAAUUGCUAUGUUUGUA